UAUUGGAUGCUCACGAGCAAAUAAACGCGGAGAGAGAGUGUUGGGUUCAGUUUUUUUGUUUCUGUAGUCGUUGAACUGACAACACCAUCAAUAUGUUGAAAGAUCUGAUAAAGGAGCGGCUCGACGCGGCCGCAGAAGAAAUAUUCGGCCUGUUUGAGAGAACCAUAAAGUCGUACGAGGAGCAACUUUAUCGUGUGAGGGAGGAGAGCGAGCGACACCGACAACAACUCGAAGCUAUCUGCAAGGCCCAGAUCGUCAUACGUGUCGGAGAUGUCCAGCAGUCGAUUGGUCAUCAGGAAAAUCUUCCCACUCAGCUGCUGUGGGGGAACUCGAGUUUAGAGCAGGAGAAUCCACAACCCCUGACUGUUAAAGAGGAAAAGGAUGGUCAACAGCUCCCCCACGUAAAAGAGGAAGAGGAGAAGGCAGACGUCAGCGAGCUCUCACUGCCGGGUGUCUCUAAGGAUAGUGAGAAUAAUGAGGAUAAAUUAACUAAUUUGCUACAGCUUCAUCAUCAUCAUCAUGAUAGUUCAAGAGGAGACCUCCAUGGAGGACUACCACCAGAUAACCUUCAAGCUCCGCUGACAGACAGUGACUGCAUGGAAGAACCUUUGGGGAAGGACGCAGACUGUGAAGGGUUGGGCAUCAAGCAUCGAGCAUCAAUGGGAUCCGGGACUAACACUGCGAUGCUCCCGGAACCGUUCCAAUUUUUAAAUUUCGAUUCCAAGUUUCGAUGCCCUGACCGCCGAUCGGAAAAAAAUAGUUGCCAAACACAGCGAAGAAGCCACAUGAAGCGUGUGUCGGUGCAUUGCAACUUAAAUUCAACCAUGGACACGGUGCGGCGGCGCUCAAAAGUUUGGCUCAACUUCACAAAGAAAAAUGACCAGUCAGCUCAGUGCAACAUUUGCAACACAGCUAUAUCAUGCAAAGGUGGCUGCACGACCAAUAUGAUUAAACACCUCCGGCUUCAUGGAAUAAAAGUGCCGAGUAGUGGAUAGCUGAGUGCCGUGUAUUUGAAUUGCAGUACCGGUGUUCUGUCAAAUUUCGCACCCCAUCAGAAAUUACAACUUUGCGGUUCUGCGCAUGCAUAUAACGUGAAAAAUGUUUGCAAACGCAGCGGUUCCAAAGUAAACACUACACACUUUCUUCAAAGAAAGGAAUAUUUACUUACGUUUGAUCAUGGACAGGCAUGUAGAAAAGUUCUCAGACACAUCCUGCCAUGUUAGCUGCACACAACAACUGCACGCCGCUCUCUCACUUUUAAUGUCUUCGCCGUGUUGUUAAGCAUUAAUUCACGCCAUAUUAAUGUUGCACAAUUAUGUUUGUGAUGUAACUUGUUUAUUUAGCACCUUUGGAUAACAUUGAGAGUCCAACUGAAUGUAAAAGAGUGCUUAUUCACCGCUACAACAGCUUUGGGAGCAAAAUAUUAUAAGGGUGAAAAAUUUGACAGAACACCGGUCCUCUAACCAGUCAGAACCAAGUAAGUAAAACAAUAAAUUACGUCUGUGUUCUGCUGCCCCCGCGACCCGACCCUGGAUUAAGCGGUAGAUGAUGGAUGGAUGAUAUAGUACGAGAAUAAGUUGUAUUGUUGCAUCGGGCUGAUGUAGCUAUUUAAGCAGCUAUGUACUUUACGUAGCGCGUUGACACCCCCGGUAAAAUCAACAGUAUUAAAAGCAUCUUUUUUUUUUUUUUUUAAGAAUCGGAUUUACAGAUAAGGAAAUCCUUAUGAUUUUGCCUCAUCUACAUCAAAUUAUAAUCAAUAGAAGAAUUCAUACUAAUGCUUCAUCGUAGCUCCCAGCUAAGGUACAUGUAUGUAAAGUGCAUAGCGGCUCACAGCCUACUUCCCUUAUGUAAUAUUUGCGACUUUUUCUUGCUUUCUCAUAUUUAUGCGUUCAAGCUUCAACUACACCCAGUGAACGUGUGUUUUCCACUGCAGGAGACACUAUCUGUCCAGAACGCUCACGCUUAGUGCCUGAGAGGGCAGAUAUGAUCAUUUUCCUUAACAAAACUGUUUCUCGUUUUAUACUGUACCCGCUGCUACUGUGGACUGGGUUUUACAAGUUGUUUGUUUGUUUGUUUGAUAUUCUGUACCAGUUUAGCCUGUCAGUCAGAGCUCAAUAACAUGUAAAAUGCCUGCAGCAUAAGAGACCCUAAAACAUAGGCAAAAGUAUAUGUGUAAAUGUUUUCUCAGUGAGCUUUUGAAAAAUAAACAUAUUUGUGAAAGUGCAAUCCUGUGGAAAGAAACUUUAUCAUAUUCAAGUUCAAAGAUAUAUUUCUAUACAGGUUAAAAAUAGCCCUGUGAGAAAGUUCAUAUAAUAAAAAAUAAAAAAAAUCGAAGUUGACCCUGUCUAUUUAAAGAAUCGGAAUCGAGAAUAGUUUUGCACGGAAUCGAAACGUGGAAUCGGAAUUGGAACCGUUCAAAUUCAAACGAUGCCCAAUCUUACGAGUCAUUUUCUUUGGACAAAUAAUGCUUCAUUUCUGUCAUUUUUUUUUCUCUAGCCAGAAUUCACCCCCCCCCCCCUUGUCUUAAUGUGGUUGUGUAAUGGGUUAUUGUAUAUGGAGGUAGAUUUGUGUCAUUAUUCAAUUUAUCAAAUCAUUAUCAAUAAAAUUUGCCUCAAUCAAUAUGUACAUUUUCAAUCCCAAAAAAGUCACUUCAAUCUAAAAAAAAAAAUAAAAAUUGGAAAAAAUACAUUUGAGACUAAAAAAAAAAAAAAGCAUUAGAAAACUAUUACUCUCUCACAAUAUUACUCAUUACUUGGGUAUUCUUUUCACUAAAUACUUUUUUACUUGUACCUAAGUACAUUUUUGGGAUGACUACUUUUACUUAAGUAAUAUUAUUUUGAAUUAACGCUACUCUUACUUGAGUACAAUUUUUGGUGACUCUACCCACCUCUGGCCCUGGGACAAUUUUCUUGAACUCCUAGGAUCAAUGCGUGUUCAUAUCAGGUACAGUGCCCUCCAUAAUUAUUGGCACCCCUGAAAAAGAUGUGUUUUUUUAGCUUCUAAUUUUUAUUCAUUUAUUUUUUUCAAAU